AUGAACAAAUAUUUACUAACAUUCAAAAACCCUUUGAUUGAAGAAAAAUAUUAAUCAACAAGCAUAGGUUAAAUUAGAAUGACAAUGUUUACACUUAUCUCUUUAGGUUGUGUAGUUGUACUUAUUGUUAGAAUAGUAUAGGGUCUACUUUAACAAAAUUAUUUUAAUGUAUAUACUUACAUAGCUAUGCUUAUUUAUUGUGUUGUGUAGUAUCUUUUAAGUAAAAAAUAUAAACAACUUUUGAGACCUUCGUUAAUCUUAUUUAAUCAUGCAUUUACUAUUUAUUUUUUAUUUGUGGAAGAAUCAUCUGAUUCAUUAUCAGGUCAUCUUCGAGGAGCAAAUUAAAUGGGAUCUAACUUUUUAAUUAUACUUGCUGGAGAAUAUAUUGAUGCAAUGUUUUCUUUAGUAUCCAUUUCAAUCAUUAGAAUUAUCAUUAUUUUUAUUAAAAGUACUAGUAUUGAGUAUUCAGCUAUAACCUUAGCAAUCAUAGUUAUACUUUUUGCUUCUAAAUAUUUAUAUCAAUAUCACAAAGCUAUAAGAUCACAAUUUUUAUUAACUUUAGUUGAUCAAUCAUGGGAAAAAAUACUUACAUAAAUCAAUAAAUAUAUCCCAUAUAUUUUAAUAACAUUUGAUGAAGAACAAUUAAAAUUUUCUAUUGCUAAAAUAUUGAAUUGUGAAAGAUUAUUUACUAAUACUGAAGAUGCACUCAAAUUCUUAAGAAUAGCAAAAUAUAAAGAUAAAACUAUUGAAUAAGUUAUCUACAAUGAAAUUAAAAAUUUUAAAUAAAAUUCUGUUGAUAUUUUUAAUAAAACAAUUACUAUUUCACAUUCAAAAUUAUUAAUCUAAAUCGAAUACUCAAUUUAUUUCAGUAAUAAACCAACAAUUCUAUUAGUAUUUCCUGAAAUCUCUAAUAACAAUCAAGGAAAUAAUGAAAUUAUGAAAUCUAGAUAUGAAAAUUUGCUUAAUAUACUUAUUAAAUUAUGUUAAAUGAUGUAAAAUAAAAAUACAGCUCAAUAUAAUGUUGAAAAAAUAUAGAAAAAAUUAAUAAUCAUUAAACUUAUUUAAGAUUUAAACAAACAAUAAAUUAAAGCAAAGAUAGUUGAUCUUCAAAGAAUUCUCUCAAGUUUACAUUUAUUGUAUUAGAAGAAAAAAAUUACUAUUUCUAAUUUAUUGUAAAUGAAAAUACAAACAUGUCCAUCAAUUUUUAGUUUUUUUCUAAUCUCAAUAAUGGAAGCGCUUUAUUCAAAUGAUUUAUAUAUAUCUAUUUCUAUAAAAUAGGAGUAGUAUAUAGAAUUCAAUUUUCAAGGGUCUUUUUAUGAAAAUGAUUUAAUUUCAAAUUACAAAGCAUUAGCUUAUGAAUAUAGUUUAAUAAUGAAAAAUUUAAUGAUUUCCUAAAACAGUAAUAUAUUGAUUGUUAUAAUAGAUGUAAGUUUUAAGUUGUAUUCGCAAGCCUAUAUUCCUUUUAAAAUACAAUCUUACUAAACUACUUAGGUAUAAUGAUAUUAAAAAAAUACUGAUUUAUUUAAUUAAUAAAUAAAACAUAAAUUAAAUAAUUAUCAAAAAGUAUAUUUCAACAUAAAUGUCCAAAUUAGAUAGCUCCAAGUGGAUUUAAAUAGACAUCUUUAAUAGAUUAAAAAGGUAGAAUCAUCAAUCCAAAUGCAAUAACUCCUAAAAGCACUUGUAUUAGAAUAGAUUCUCUUUUAUAUUUCUUUACUAUUUUUUUAAGAAAUCCUGCAACUAAAUAACUUCCAAGGCUAGAAACUAACUAUUAAAUUAUUAAGUAAUUCUUACUCCUAAAAUGAUGAAUUCAGAAAGUGAAUAACCUCCUGAAAGAGCAAUAAUAAAUACUGAAAUAGAAGAUGUGAAUAAAACUGUAAAAGUAGCUGAAGCAGCUGCUCUAGGAGGAUUAAUUCCAGUUUCUAACCAAAGCGGUGUUAAUACUACACCUCCUCCUAAUCCAACUAGACCACCUAAAAAACCAGCAUAUAGACUGGAUUUUACAGUAAUAUCAAAUACAGAGCUCAUUUUCCCAUCUGCAAAAUCAUAUCCAAUUGAUUAUUUAUAUUCUUCAUCUUUUGUUAUAUAUUUUCUAUAUCUUUAAACAUUAUAAUAGGCUAUUCCAAAGAUGAUAAAAUUAAAGAAAUGGUAUCCUAAGCCACAAUAAUCAAUUCCAAGUAUUGAAGGUACUGCUCCUGAUCCUUUUAAUAAUGUCACAACAAUUAUAAUGAUUAUAGUCAAACUGAUUUCUGUGAGAGGUUCUAUUGGAUAGAGUCUUGCAUCUUUUUCUUUCAUUAUAUUCAAUUCUUUUGAAUGA